GUGAGCGAAGAGGAGGGACGGGAAAAUCACAACAGAGAGCUACUACUGCUUUGACAGCUCUGUGUCUUUUGCGGCUGAAACACUCUUUCUACGGGGAAGGGAGAUGUCACGAAAACCUAAAGAUGAAUACUACCGUUUUUUCACCGUUACCGACCCACGCGCACACGAGAAGGGACACACCGAGUACAAAGUGUCAGCAAGGUUUGUGUCAAAGCGCCACCCAGAAGAUGUGAAGGAGGUGGUCGUGUGGAGGAGGUUCUCAGAGCUGAAGAAGCUCCACGGGGAGCUGGCCUACACUCACAGGAACCUGUUCAGAAAAGAGGAAGAGUUCCCAUCGUUUCCCCGCGCACAAGUCUUUGGAAGGUUUGAUGAAGCUGUGAUAGAGGAGAGGAGAAAAGCUACAGAGGCCAUGCUCCUAUUUACUACCAGCAUACCUGCACUCUACAACAGCCCACAGCUCAAGGACUUCUUCAGAGGUGGUGAGGUCACGAGGCCUCUGGAUGCCCCCCCUCUGUCCACUGCCGGGCCUCUGCCUCCCCCUCUCAUCCCCCUCCCCAAGCGGAGGGCCUCAGACUGUGAACCUGCAGAGGAGGAGGAGGGGAGGGAGGCUCCCACCUUACCCCAGGACCUGGGCACCAACCUGAGCUUAGAUGUGGGAGAACCAGAGGUGGCCGCUGAGGCUUACAGCGAGAUGGGGGGCUCUCCGAGAGAAGAACCAGAACCAGAACAAGAGGAGCUCAGCGACACAGAGCUGGAUGACAUAAUUCCAUUUCCCGACCCAUGCCAAGAUGAAAUCCCCCUAUCACCAGAGUCCCAGGAAGAGUUUGACUCCCUGUUUGAUUCUGUGGCAGAAGAUCUAGCCUCAUCCCCAAAAGAGGAAGGGCCUCCUCCUCUGACUGACAAUGACUUGGCUGUCUUUGACCCCUGCUAUAAACAAGAUAAAUCCAAUUCCUGCUCUGACUACUCAGACUUAUUCUCCCUGCCACCAACCAGUCUGGACGGAGGGGACGUGGGUUACCUAAACCAAGCUGCCACUGAGCUAACAGCUGCGAUGGAGCUGGAGAAGGAGGGAGAGUUCAGUUCUGCCAUCCGCAGGUACAGGACGGCCGUGGACACACUGAUCACUGGAGUAAAAGGAGACCCCGAUCCGAUCCGCAGAGAGUCCGUGAUGAGAAGGACAGCUCAGUACCUGAAGCACACGGAGAUGUUGGUGGACAGGCAUUCCUCGCCUUCAAACACUCUCACACACACGCAGGACUCUUAGAAGCACACACACCUUUUGAUAUAUUCUGUUCACACACACGAGUAUGGAAGAGUAAACCUACCGUAGUAAACAUUUCACGAAUGAAUCAAUGGAAGUAAAAGCCUUAAUCAUCAAAUAAAUAUGAAGGUUAUUUGAAUGAUCAUACAAUUUAUGCACAGAAAAAUAAACAAAUUAAAUAUAUUAAUUUGAAAACAUAAG